AUGGAUGAGUUUGCUGAAUUUUGGUCUGUUAUAUUAAAUACUAAAUUCAAUAUACUUCGAAGCGAACAAGAACGUGUACAGAAGAAAACAUUUACCAAUUGGUUAAACACAUAUUUGAGUAAUGCGAAUCCACCAUUGAAAGUUCAAGAUUUAUUUGAAGAUAUCAAGAAUGGAAUAGUGUUAAUAAGAAUUUUAGAAGUUUUAUCAGGAGAGAAACUACGUGCAGAAAGUCGGGUUCAAAUGAAUCGGAUACAUUGUCUAUCAAACAUUAAAACUGCAUUGGAAUUUUUACAUUCAAGGAAUGUUAAAUUAGUCAAUGUCAAUCCGACUGAUAUUGCUGACGGGAAACCAGCUAUUGUUCUUGGUCUCAUAUGGGUUAUUAUACUAUAUUUCCAAAUUGAGGAACAAGAAGAGUUACUAUUGAAAAUUUUGGAUCUUCCACCUGGCUCACUUAAAGCAAGAGGUUCAGCUAAACGUGCUCUACAAACCUGGGUUCAAGAAAUUUUCGCUGGUUCUUUCAGAAGAAAAGGAUUAAAAUACGAUGUUCAAAUUCGUGAUUUUGGUCCAAGUUGGCGUGAUGGUAUAGCAUUCAAUGCUAUGGUACAUAAUAUUGAUUCCAGUCUUAUUGAAAUGGACAAAGUAAAGACUAGAACAUCAAAAGAAAAUUUAGAACAUGCAUUUACUCAAGCUGAAAAACAUUUGGGUAUACCAAGACUAUUAGAUCCUGAAGAUGUCGAUGUUGAUAGACCAGAUGAAAAGUCAAUUGUAACAUAUGUUGCUCAAUUUUUCAAAGCUUAUCCGGAUGCAGGAAGACGAAGACCUGAUUCACCUACCAAAACGAAUAUCAAACUAAAACUUGAUAAUCUAAUGAAAUUUAUUCGAGAAUCUGAGUUGAAAAUGAAAACGGUUCGGUCUGCGCGUACUAGUUUAAAUGAACAAUAUCAGGUAUAUGAGGAAUUAAUUACAGGGAAAGAGAUAGAAGAAGUAAAUUAUGAAUCAUUAAAAGAUCAAUGGUAUUCUGGUUUAAUAUCUCAUACUGAUUCAUUAAUUAAUCUAAGUGAAAUAGAAAUUUUAGAAGAAUCAUGGAAUAAUUUUAUCAAUAUUAUGAAUGAAUGGUUAUGGGAAAUAGAUGAAAAAAUACCUGGUCAAUAUGGUCAUAUUGCUAAAUGGUUAAGUCAAGCUGAAAAAUGGUUUAAAGAAGUAAAUUUAAAAUGGUAUCAAAAACCAUCUGGUACUGAAGCAAUGGGAUUUUGUAUUACAGUCAAUCAAUCAUGGCGUCCUUCAAGUGCUGAACCUCCAUAUUCUCCUCCAUCAAAUGAAUUAAUAGAUAAGUUACAAAAUGAAAGAUUAGAAAUUUUCGGAACAAGUAAUCAAAAGUUGAACUCUAUUCGUGAUGAUUUAUCUCGUGUUAUUGACAAUGAAAAGACAAACAAUUUACCUAGUACUUUAAUUGAUCGACUAAGUACACGUUUAUCAAAAGUCACUGGUUAUGAACCUGGAUAUAGUGCAGUUUUAAAUGCAGCCAAAGCUCGUAGAACAUUCCUUGAUAUAUUAUAUAAUGUUAACCGUACAGAAACUAGUACAGGUGUUCGUAUACGUAGUCGUCGACGUGAAAGUGCUACAGGUUUUGAAUAUCGUUUUUGUAAUUGGUUGGAUCUAGUCGAUGGUAAUAUACAUACUGAAACUAGAGAGAUUGUAAAUGGAAUUCUUACCGAUUAUCAGCUUUGUUUAAAGACAGAACAUAUUCCAGAGAAAUUAGAUCAAUGUAAAUCAGAUUUAUGUAAACAUUUUAAUUUAUUAACUAAAAUUGUUCAAUAUGAUGAUCAACUUAUACCAAAAAAUUCUUUGGAUAUUAUUCAACGAUGGCAAGAUGAUUGUGAAAUGAAAUGGAAUAUAGAUAAAUUUAAUCAAUUAAUACAGUUAGGUGAACGUAUUAAACAACGUUUAACAUUAUGGGAUAAAUUAGAUCAUCGUGUUAGAAAUAUAGAAAAUUGGUUGUCACAAUUUGAAGAUUCGAAAUUUUCUGAAAAUGAUUGGUUCAAUCGACGAGAUGAAAUAUAUGUGUUAUUAGAAGAAGCUAAUGAAGCUGCUCAUUAUCUUGGUGAAUCAGCCGAUCAUCAUAGAUUGGAAAUGUUUCGUAAAAGGAUUGAGAAAUUAGAAUCCGAUAACUCCAAAAGAAAACAAGCUAAUUUAGAAAAAGUAGAAGCAAAACGAUUAGCGGAUAAAUUAAAACUUGAAAAUGAAUUAAAUAAUCAUUUAAAUCAAAUAGAAAAUUGGAUCAAUUCAGUAAAAGAUUUAAUUGAAAAUAAAACGAAUGGUAAAUUGAAACAUUUACAAGUACGUUGUACAUCGAAUGGAUUAUCGAUUAUUGUUGGACAAUUACAAAAUAUUUUAGAUGAACAAUCAAAAAUUACAGAACAUUUACGAAAUGCUACUAAUCUAAGUCAAGAUCCAAUAAUUCAACCAAUACAAUUAGAACAAAAUGAACGUUUAUUAUAUUUAGAAGAAUCAAUGGAGAAAUUUAUUCAUUUAUUACCAAUAAAAUUAAAAGAUUUAACGGAUAUAACAGAGAAAACUAAUGAAAUUGAAAAUAAUUUAAAUCAUAUUCAAUUACAACUAAAUGAAUUAGAACAGAAACAAAAUAAUCUUUUCUUGGAAACUGAUAUUCAUACAUGGGAAUGUUCAUCAUUAUAUCUUGAAUUCAAUGACUGUCGUGGACAUUUAACAUUUACUAAUGGCCAAGUAAAUGAUUUAGAACGUGCGCUUAAUUUACAAGAUAAUCGUGGUAUGUCAAUUUUAAACAAAUUUAGCGUUGAAGAAUUAUAUAAUGAAAUAAAAGGUUUCAAUGAUCGUCUUAAUAAUACUGAAAAAGUAAUUAAACGUAAACUUAUUCAUAAACAAUCAAUUAAUGAAACAUUCACAACAUUAAAACAACAAAUGGAUGAAAUACAAAUAGCUUUAAAAGAUUUAAAAUAUGCAUCAUCAACUAGUGGAGGGAUUAGUAAAGAAGAUUUAUUGAAUUUGUUGGAUAAUUUAAAAACAUUACGCCGUAAAUACACCGAAAGUAUCCAAACCAAUGAUAGACGAUGUCAGAAUUUCUUAAAUUCAGCUGCUUCUCAAGGUGAUGGUGAUAUGUUACUCAAUGAGGUGAAAAUGAAAAUAUCUCAGAUGAAAAGUGAUAUAAAUGAACAUUGUACAGAAAUUGAUAAUGAAAUGCAACAAUUAGAUAUUCAAUUAAAUAAAUCAUUAACAAAUUUAUAUGAAAUUGAAGAAAAAACAAAACAAACCGAUCAAUGGUUAAUCAAUCAAGAAAGACGUUUAACUACUUUAUCAACUGGACCACCGACACAAUCAUGUGAUACAGUAGAUAGUAUAUCAGAACAAUUAAAGUCUCAUCAACAAUGGGUAGAUGAAUGUAAAAAUUUACUUGAAAGCAUCAAAAAAUAUUCUCAACAACAUAAUCUCAAACCUGAACGAGAUGAUGUUGAUUCUGUUUUUGAAACUGCAUCACCACUAUCUGAUUUAGUAGGAAUGAUGUACAAAAGAAUGGAACAUUUAGAAACUGAUACUAAAAAAGUAUACAAUAUAGCAGAAGAACAAUUAAAGAAUAUAAAUUCAUUUUCAAUACAAUUAGAAUCAUCUUAUCAAUGGUUAUAUCAAUGUUAUCAUGAACAUAAUGAAACAAUCAAUAAUUUAAUUAAUAAUAAUAAUAAUAAUGAAUUUAAUCAAAUGAAUAUAUUAAAUCAAUUACAAAUGAAACAUCAAUAUUUAAUGAAUUUUGCUACAUUACUUAAUAAAGAAGGGAAUAUACAAUUAAUAAAAUGUCAAAAUGAAAUUCAACAUCUCAUUGAUUUCAAUGACAAUUAUGAUAAUACAUCUAUGAUUAUAUUAGCACGUAAAGAAUUAUCUAAAUUUCAAUUAGAAUUAAAUAAUAUUACUAAUGAAAAUGAUAAAGAAUUAAAAGAGAUCGAAGCUCAGAUCAAUCGUCAAUCCAAAUUUCUCAGUAAUAUUGAAGCUGAAGAGAAAUGGUUAAAUGACAUUGAAAACAAUAUUAAUCAAGAUCGCAGUCAUUUAAACAAUUCUCAAUCUACUACUGAACUAUUACAGGACAUUCAAACUGAGACCGAUCGUUAUAAUCAAUUACUUAGUAAUGUAAAUACGCAUGAUCAACAGAUUGAUGAACAGCUACUUCCUGAAGCUCAGUCAUUGAAAGAUUCCUCAUCUUUGCAAAGAAUUGACAAUUUGAAAGGUAAAAUCAAGACUUUGAAACAAAAUUUGGAAAAAAUGAUUUCUGAUAUGAAUAUACAAGCUACAUCAAUUCAUGCUUUUCAACAAGCUGUGGAAAACUUCAGAUUUAAUCUUAAGAAUUUUGAACGUCAGAGGAGUUCAAUCUUAGAAAUACAGACAGUUAGUUAUGUGAACAUGGAAAGUGAUAGUCAGCUAUUAGAAGCGUCUUAUGUGAAUAUGAAAAAGCAAAUUGAAGAUCUUCUUACAAAUCAAUCAGAAUUAAAAACACAAUUUAUGCAUAUUGAAUAUCUUAGUCAAUCCAUUCAGUCAAUUCCAAAUGAUGAUUUAACUCAAUGUCAACAAGAAAUGGAACAAUUUUUUAAUAAACUUCAUAAAGAUUCUAAUGAUAUUCAAUCUAUUUUAUUAAAAUUAAUCAAAUUAAAUGAAUUAAUUAAAAAAUUUCAAAAUUUUUUAAAUAUCAAUCAUAACCAAUUUUUAUUGAUUUUAAAUAAAGAAUCAAUAAUAUCGAUUAAUUAUGAUCUAGAUCAACUUUAUCAAUUUUAUCAAUUAAAUUUUAAUGAAAUCAAAUUAAUUUGUAAUCAAUUUGGUAUAGAAUUAUCAUGUGAAUCACCAUCAAAUCGUAAUCAAUCAUCUAAAUUAUCAAUUAUUGAAAAUGAAAUCAAUAAUCUAUUAAAUGAUUUAAUAAAAACAUAUACAAAACAUUCGAAAUUUUUUAUUUCAUUACAAAAUGAUUUAUAUCAACAAAUUAAUCAAUUAACCAAUAAUUUAUUUCAUCAAUUAACUCAAUUAUCACAAUUAAUCAAUAAUUUAAAUCAUAUAUUCACAUGUUAUCAUGAAGGACAAAAUAAUAUUGAUUUAAUUCAAAAAGAAUAUCAAACAAUAUGUUUAAAACAAAAUAAUGAUUCGUAUGAUUAUUUAAUUCAAUCAAUUAAUCAUUUAUUAAAUCAAUUACAAAUCAAAAUCGAUCCAAUACAAAUGACAUUGAAUAAAUCGAUAGAAACAACUUGUAUAAAAUGUCAAUCUAUGAUCAUCAAUGAUAUAUUAUCUAAUUGUUUUAAACAAUUUCUGAAUAAAAAAGAUUUAUUAAUGAAUAAUAUGAAAGAAACAAUUGAAUUAUAUAAACAAUCUAAUCAAAUUGAAAUGAAUUAUUUCAAUAAUUUCAAUGAAUUAAAUAAUGAAUUAAAUCAAUUAAAAAAUUCAUUAAAUCAAUUAUGUCAUAUAACAAUUAUUGAUCAAAUCAAUAAUAUUGAUUUUAAUCAACAAUUAAAUUCUAUUCAUGAACAAUAUACAAGACUACAUAAUCGUUAUAAUAAUUUAUAUGAAAAUUUUAAAGAAACAAAUAUACAAAAUAAUAAAAUCAAUGAAUUAUUAUCAAUUAAUUCAAUCAUGAUUCAACAAAUCAAUGAAAAUUUAAUUCAAUUAAAACAAAAUUAUGAAUUACAAAAAAAUAAUUAUGAAUUCAUACAAAAUAAAUUAAAUCAAUCUAUCGAUUAUUUAAAUAAAUAUCAGUUAGAAAUUCAAAAAAUUUUUGAUCAAUUUACGAUAAAUUCAAUGAAUGAUUCAUCAUUGGAACAAAUAAUCAAUAAUUUAUUGAUUGAUUUCACAGAAUAUAGAAAUGAUUUAAAUAAUAUUCAACAAAUAAUCAAUAAAAAUGAUCAAAAUUUAAUCGAUAAUAAAAAUAUUAAAAAAAUGAAUGAUUUAUAUCAAUUAAUUAUAGAAAUCAUUCAGUUAAAUAAAACAAAUGUUUCUUCCCUUUCAUCAUCCUCGUCAUCGUCAUCAUCAUCAUCAUCAUCAACAACAACAACAACAUCAACAGCAAAUCAAUUGAUAAAUUGGAAUAAUUUUUUAAAUCAUUUAAAUAAUUUAAUAGAAUGGAUUGAAAAUACUACUAAUGAAUUUAAAGUAAUACAAUUAAAUUAUCAAAAAUUAUUAAAUAAAAUUGAACAAUUCAAUAAAAAUUAUGAUGAAAUUUCUAAAUUAAUUGAUGAAAAAUCACAACAUUUACAAAUUGAUAUAAAUUAUCUAAUACAAAAUCAAAAAUCAAUAAAAUCAAUCAUUAUGAAUGAUUUAAAUAAUAUUAAACAAUAUCAAUUAUUUAAUUUAUUGAAUAAUUUUCAAUCAAUUCAACAACAAUCGAAUCAAUUAUUUAAUAAACCACAAUCAAAGAAUAUAAAAUUGAAAUUUAUGGAUGAUCAUUAUAUACAUGAAUUUAUUACACAAAUGGAACAAUCAUUACAAUUAUUAUCUAAUCAAUUAAAUGAUAAUAUAAUAAAAUGUAAAAAUCUUUUAACUGAUGAAUAUGAAAUCAAUAAAUUAUAUAAAUCAAUACAAGAUUGGAUAAUCAAUUAUGAAAAUGAUAUAAAAAAUAUCGAAGGUAAUAUAUCAGAAAUGAUCAUUGAACCUAAACAUCAACAACAAUUAAAUUUAUCACCAACUCAUAAAACUAUUGAAAAACAUUUAAGUAGUAUAAAUAAUAUAGAAGAAACUUAUUCACAAGGUGAAAACUUAUUCGAUAUAUUCAUGAAUAAAUUUAAUCAAUAUGAUGAAUUAUAUAAUAAUGCAGAGCUGAAAGAACUACAUAAUCGUAUUAUCACAUUAGAUAAAUCACGAAUCAAUGAUAUAAAAACUAAUUUAUUACAAAUUAAAAAUAAUUUAGAUAAUCUUACAUCUAAAGGGAAUGAUAUUGAUGAACAAUUAACAAAAUAUGAACAAUCUAUUGAUAAAUUAAGACAAAUUUCAAUGAUAUUUAAAAUCGGUAAAUUAGAAGAUUUAUUACUAGAAGAAACAUUCAUGGAUACAAUGAAAUGGAAUGAUUUAUUAAUUGAAUUAGAAAGAUUUAAACGUGAUAUAUUAGAUCCUUAUGAAAUAUUGCAUAAUAAAGCUACUUUAAAACCAUCAAAAGAUUAUGUGAAUAGUUUUAAAACACGACAUAAUCAAUGUUUAAUAAUAGUAAAAGACAAAAUUAAAGAAUUGGAAAAUUAUACAUUGAAAUUAAAAAAAUUAAAACAAAAUGUUGAAGAUUUUAGUAGAUCUCUUGAAGGAGCCAAUAUAAAAUAUAAAACAUUAACAAACCAAUUUAAAAUUGAAUUUGAUGAACAAUAUACUCAUUGUAAACUCAGUGAAAUAUGUCAAUCAAUUAUGAAAAUAAUACAACAAAUCAUUGUUAAUUUAAAAGAAUAUGACUUAAAUAUUAUUGAAAAAUUACAAACUACUGAAAAAGAUAUAAGUAGUCAAGUUAUAGAAUGUGAAUUAAAAUCAGCAUUCGAAAAUUCAUUCAUGUUUGAUCGAUUCAUUUCAUUGAAAACAGAAUUAACCGAUUAUACAAAUAAUCUUAAUGAAUUAUAUAAUCACUUAAAUAAUCUUAAUAUCGAUAUUGUUAAUUAUGAACAAUGGUUUAACAAUUUGGAUAAACAAUAUCAACAAACUAAAAUAGAAUAUACUAUAGAAAAUAUAUUAUUGAAUAAAAGUAAUUUAUAUCAAUCCAUAACUGAUAUAUCAAUUCAUGAAUUAGAAAAGGAAUCAAAUCGUAAUUCAACUCAUUUAGCAGAAAUUCAUUUGCAAUAUCAAAAAUUAUUACAAACACUUUAUGAAUUACGUAAAUUAUUUAUAGAAUAUAAUCCAUCAAUUCAUAUAUUAACAGAAAAAUUAUUAACAUUCAUUAGACAAAUAAUCAAUAUUCAUAAAUCAUUUACAAAAAUCAAUAUUCAUAAUCAGUCCGAUGAACAAAUGAUAAUACAUCCUAUAAUAUAUGGUAUUGAUAUCAUUGAACAAAAUUGUAAUUAUAUUAAACAAUGUAAUCAACAUUUAAUCAAUAAUAUUAAUUAUGAUAUUAAUAUAAUACAAAUUAAAUUAACUUAUUUUAAUCAAUUAAUACAAUCUAAUAAAGAUUUAGAUCUAUGGAUUAAAGAAAUUUUUCAAUUAAUCAAUCAAAUCAAACAAGAUAAUCAUGAGAAAAAUCAAUAUUAUAAUGGUAAUCAUAAUCAUCAUCAUAAUAAUAGAAUAGAUGAAAUUCAAUUAAAAUUAGAUAUUGGUAAAACCUAUUUAAAAUCAAUACAUGAAUGGAUAGAACAAUUAAAACAACAAGAGCAACAACAACAACAACACCAACACCACCAUCAGGACCAUCACGAGGACCAACAACAACACCAAACGAAUGAAAUUAAUACCAUAAUAAAUGAUUUAUUAAAUCAACAAUAUAAAAGAUAUGAACAAAUUUAUCAAUCUAUAAUCCAAUUAAUUAAUAAUAUAAAAAAUCAACAAAAUCAACAUCAUGCAUUAAUGAAAACUUAUGAAAUAGAAUAUAAUUCAUAUGAAAAUUGGUUUAAACAAUGGAAAAAUAAUUUAUAUUUAAUUCAAUUAAAUAUAACUAAAUUAUUUAUUGAUUUAAAACAAUUGAAUGAAUUUCAUAUGAUUGAUAUUGAAAUUAAUCGAUUUAUCGAUUCUUUAAAUGAAUUAGAUAAAGAAUUAAUAGAAAAACAAACAUUAUUAUCAAAAAUCAAUAUUAAUAAUAAUAAUAAUAAUAAUCAAUUGAUCAAUAAAUUAGAUUUAAAUCAAUCAUAUGAAAAAAAAUUCUUAUUAUUAAUAAAUGAAAUAAAAGAAAAUCAAUAUUCCAUUGAAGAAAUAAUCGAUUGUUUAAAACGUAUCAAAAUAAAAUUAAAAGAAUUAAUGAUUAAUUUAAAAAAUUCUAAACAAUGGAUUGAAGAAAUCUCUGAACAAUUCUGUAGAAUAAAAGAAGGAAAAGUUUUUAUCAGAACAAAGAAUCCAAUUAGAAUAUCACCAUAUCCAUCGAAAAAUGAUUCAAAUAAAUUGGAAUAUUGGAAAACCAAUUAUUCAAUGAAUACACAAUUAUUAUUAACUAAUCAUAAUGAAAAAAAUGAAUUACAAUUGAUUACACCGUCACCAUCAUCAACAUCAGCAUCAUCAUCAUUUCUAAUUGAUCAAUUAUUAAAACAAUCUCAUCUAAAAAUGGAUUUAUUACAGAAUUAUAUUAAUGAAAUCACUAAAACAUCAUCAAUCAUAGCUGAUAAUGUUAAUCAUUUAUUCAAUGAAUUAGAAAAUGAUUUAUUCAAAUUAAAUAUUAAUGAUACAAUUAUUAUUGAUGAAAUUCAUAAUAGACAAAAUUCAAUAGAACAAUUAAUGAUUCAUAUGAUUGAUUAUAAAAAUGAUUUAAAUCUAUUUAUUAAUCAAUUAAAUCAAUUCAAUAAUAAAUUAAAUGAUUUUAAACAAUCAUUUAUGAAUCAUUUAAUAAAAAUUAAAAAAAUUAAUCAACAAUCAAUCAAUAAUCUGAAUAAUCUAUCAAUAAAUCAAUUAAUGAAUGAAAAAAAUAAUCAAUUAAUGAUUGAUAUUUAUUAUCCACUUGAUGAAAUUAUACAAAAUUAUCAAGUAUUUCAAAGUGAACUAAUGUCUCAAAAAUCUGAAUUAACACAAUUAAAUAGUUUAUGUGAAUCAAUUCAACAAAGAACUAAUGAAUCUGGUGUUAAAAAUUCUUCAAAUCAAUUAUUAAUUCAAUAUCAUAGUUUAAUUAAAAGUUGUGAGGAUGUUUUAUCUAAACUUCAACUUGUAUUUAUGGAAAAUAGAGAAUUUCAAGUAUUAUGUAAUAAUAUUAGAAAUUUCCUUGAUACUUUAAAAACAGAAUUAAAAAGUAUCAAUAUAAAUGAACAGAAUCUAAACUUAUCUGAGAAUCAUUUGAAUACAAUCACAACUAUACGUGAAAAAUUACGUUCAUAUCAACCAAAACUUUUAGAGCUUAGCGAUAGAGCAGAUCGAAUUUGUCGAGCUUCAUCAACUGCAGCAUUAACUAUGAAUCAAAUAUUUAUGACACACUCAAGUCAAUUAGAUAUAAACGAUUCUGUAAACACACCUGUGUUUACAGGCUACGAUCAUCAACAUCAACUUGCAACGAAUCAAAAUGAAAUCAACAAUUUACAAACAGAAACUAUUGGAUCUAAAGCUAAACGACAAUUAAAUGAAUUUAGAAAUGAGUUUAAUGAAAUCAAUCAACAAAUAACAGAAUACCAAGAAAAACUAAAUCAUAUGGUCAAUGAACAGAAAAAUUUGUCUGAAUUAUACAAUGAUUUACGCAAUUGGAUAGAUAAAACAGAGAAAAAGUUAAAUAUUUUAGAAUCAGGCAUGUUGGUAAAUCAAACAGAGACAAAUGAACAAAAUAUAAGACCAUUAAUUCAUGAAUCUACCGAGUUUAAUGAAAACAACUGGAAUACUUAUAUUCAACAAAUAACGGUCUUAAAUAAAGAACUUAAUGAAUAUUCACAAAAAUAUGAACAAUUUUGUGAGAAUAUACCUGAUACUACUAAGAUAAAUGGCCAGAUAAAUAAAUUUAAUCAACUGACCGGAAGAUUUACCGAAAUCAAAGGAAGAAUUCAGCAAUUUAUUACUUGGAUUAAUACAAUUCAACAAAACUAUUCUGCAUUUCGUGAUUCAGCACAAACAAUUGAACGAUGGAUGAAUAGUAUAAAUUUUCGUCUUAUGUCCGCUGGUAAUAAUAAUACUAAUAGUAAUCUAACAGGAAAUUUAUCUGCUUAUCAAGAUUCAACAAUUCAAAUUGAUCAAUUCAUGAAAGAAAUUAAUAAAGAAGGCAAAAAUCUUUUAGAAAAUACACAUCAAUUAAUUCAUUUACUUAUUCAUAAUAUAACUAAAGAUCAAGCAACAAUAUCAAGAACGAAUAGAAUAUGUGAAUCGAUCACAUGUCCAUAUCGUGAAAUUCCAAUUGAUCAUAGUGUAGUGGAUAAUUGGAAAUAUUUAGUGAAUAGUUCAAAUGAUGAAAAACUAUUAGAUAGAAUUAUUUUAGAUGUUUUAGAAAGAAAUAAAGAGAUUGAAAUUAAUUAUAUGAAUAUACAUUCGAAUGCACAAUCUAUCAAGAGUCGACUAGAUGACCAGUUUAAUCGUUUCAAAGCUUACAUUGAUUCAUUGAAUUCAGUCGCUACAUUUAUACUAAAUGAUUUACAGUCUUGGUGGAAACGAUUAAGUGUUAUUAGUCAGUCAUCAGUGGCAGUAGCUACAAUAACAGGAAUUACAACAACGAAUCAACUCAUCACAACAUCAGAUCCAAUCUCUUCAAAUUCAUACAAUGUUACAGGAUUAACAACCUAUCCAAAUAAAAGUUUUAUCAAUUAUCAAAUAGAUCGUUUGAAACAAUUGACAGAUGAUAAACCUCUAGCUAAAGCAGUAAGUCUAGAAGACGUUGGUCAUCAGUUAGCUAUGACAUUGGCUAUGCAAUCACAGUUGAUAACGAUGAAAAGAGAAUUGUCCACACUUGGAUAUAAAUGUGGAAUGUCUUCAGUGGAAAUCGAUUAUGUUUCACAAGAAGGUGAUAAAAGCUCUGAUAAUAAAGGAAAUAGUUCAGAUCAAACUUUGGUGAAAUUGUUAGCUAAACAUGUGCAAAAUGCAAUCGAUAUAGAAAACAGAAAGCUUGAAUGUCACACUGAACAACUACGUGAAUUACGAACAAAAUGGGAGCAUUAUGUUAAAGAACGUGAUAUAUUUGGCCGUUGGUUAUCUGAACGUCAAACAGCUUGUCAUCAUUUAUUAGAAUUGAGAUCAAGAUCAACACAACCAGAUGAUGAAGAGAGUAGAGCACUUGAAUUUAUACAAAAAUUCCCAACUAUUUAUAAGGAUUUUUUAAAUACAUUAAAAGAUAAAGAAAAACAAAUCAAUCAAUUAAUCAAUAUAUAUCAAGAACUUAUACAACAUAAUUCACAAAUUACUGAUCCAUUAUUAGAUAGAUUAAAUACAGAAUUUAAAAAUUUAUUAAAACAAACAAUAACAAGAAUAAAACGAGUAGAAAAAGAAAAACAUGAAAGAAAACCCGUGGAAGAAUCACAUUCAGAGUAUCGUGGUAAAAUACCAAUUUUACCAGAGAAAGCGGAAGCACUUGUUCAUAGUUCAGCUAAAACAUUGAAGCAUACAAAAUUACUUAAUGAAUUAGCCAAAUCAGUAAAUCAGUUGAAAAAUGAAGUUUACACUAGUGAAGUUGAUGCUCAAAGAAAUUAUUUGGUUGAUCAAAGAGAUUAUUCUAUUCCUUCAAAUACAAUUACUUCUUCUUCUUCUAAUCAAUUAUCAAAUAACAAUUUACAACAAAGAAUAUCAACUGAAUCAAUUCGAAGAAAUUUACCUUCAUCUAAUUAUUAUCCAAUAAUUCAAUUAAAUAAACAAUCAAUUAUCAAUAAAUAUCAUAAAUCUUCAUUUGAUGAUAUACCAAAUUGGUGUAAUGAUGAUAUGAAAAUUUCAUCUUAUUCAUAUGAUAAUAAACAACCAAUUGAUUUAAUAUCAUCUCAUUAUUUUAAAAAUGAUUUAUCACAGUAUACAACAUCUAAACCUUGUAUACAUUUACCAUUGAAAGAUGAAUUACACAAUGAACAGAAAAGAUUAAAUACAUCACCUUAUUCAUCAUCAUACAAGAGUUCAAGUCCAAAACCAGAUACCUUUAUGAAAUCUCGCAGUUCCAAAAAAACUAAUUUAGCUCCGUCUCAUGCAGGUAGACCUAUUUCUAGAAACACCAAUGUACCAUCUGAUACUAGACAAAGAAUAAUCUCCCAAACACAAUCACUAAAUAAUAAAUCUACACAAAUGACAACUUCCAGUUUAAAUGAUAACACUUCCUUGUUAAGGACCAAAAAUGUUGCGAAAAAAUUAAAUACUAACCCAGAUAACAAAUCAUAUCCAAUUUACUGA